CGGCCGCCCGGCUCCGGGGGUCCUGCCCGGCAGCUGGUUCCCAGGGACCGAAGCCAUGGCCGCCCCGAGCUCCCGCUGCGGCCCCGCGGCCGCGGAAGCCGCCUCUCCGCGGGACCCAAAUCAAAGAUUAAAUGAAGUCCUUAUGCAUCAUCAAAUGGAAAAUUUUUCUAAAUUCUCAACUAACCAGAACGCUGUCCUCAAAGGAGAUGGAGACGACACAUUAGUAAAUUCGGUAGUUGAUCAAAGCUUUCUAGCUCUUCUUAUUACUGAGUAUGAUAAACAUCUGGAAGCAUUAAAUGAACAGCUAAAAUAUUAUCAGCAACAAAUGGGUGAGAUGAAAUUACAACUUGAAAAUGUCAUUAAGGAAAAUGAAAGGUUGCAUGGUGAGCUAAAAGACGUCGUUGAGAAGCAAUUGGAGGCCCUUCCCUUCGACUCAGAGAUGGGAAAGGAAGUGUACACAGAUGAGCAAGUGGUCAGCAGCCUUCAAGAGCAGCUGCAGCUAGCCAAUCAGGAAAAGGACUGUGUUGUGGGGCUGUGGCAGGCUGCCUUACAGGAACUGAACACGCUGCAGGAGCAUCACCAGGAAUGUGUGACCAAGGCCCAGAUGGGUGCAGUCGAAAGCCAGAAACAACAGGAUCAACAGCUGACCCAAAAUCUUCAUGCUGUUAAGAACAUAGAAAUGGCUAGCCAACACUUCCUGAAAGCAAUAGCUAACCAAAAUGUGGAAAUCCAGCAGCUCCGAAAACAAUUUAGGCAAUCCAAGUUGGAUCUGAGAGUUGCAGCAGCCAAAGUUGAAGAGUUAACUACAGUGACGGAGCAGCUGCAUGGUCAGAUGCACAAAAAGGAGGAGGAUAUGGCAUCUGCCCGAGAAAGAGAGGAAGCAUCAGAAAGAUUCUCACAGCAACUACAGUCUAGCAUUAAAAUAUUAGAAUCAAAGUUUUCUGUGACAUCCCAAGAAGCCAAGGAACUAAAAACAGAAAAAGCACGUCUGGAAAGAGUGGCCAGAGAGCUGCAAGCAAGGUGCACUGCGCUGGAGAAAGAGAACUAUGCAGCUGCGGCAAGAGUUAGAGACAGCAUGAAACUCUUAGACGAAGCUCACCUUAAAAGAGACCAGGCGCUGCUCAAGGAUAAACAAAAAGAAGAAGAGAUAGAGAAAAUGAAAAAAACAAUUUGUCAGCUGAUACAAGAUAGUGCCUUGAAGUCCAAGGAAGAUGUUGAAAGUACAAAAAAACUCUGUGAAGUACAGAUUUCUCAAGUAAUGGAAGAACUCUCAGCUCUUCGGAUGGAAUGCGAUGAAAAACAAGAACAAAUCGAACGAGUCAUUCGGGGGAAAAAGGCUGUGGAAGAAGAACUAGAAAAGGCCUACCGCGAAGGAAGAGGGAGUGAGGAGGGUUACAGAAAGCUGGAAGAAAUGCACCACCGAUGCCUUGCUGCAGAGCGUUCAAAAGAUGACCUUCAGCUAAGCCUGAAGAGAGCAGAAAAUAGAAUAAAGCAACUUGAAAUUAAUUCCUCAGAAGAGAUAUCACGUUCCCAUGAGAUGAUUCAGACCCUUCAAACUGUAUUGGAGUCUGAAAGAGAGAACUGUGGCUUUGUCAGUGAGCAGAGGCUGAAACUUCAGCAGGAAAAUGAACAGUUACAGAAGGAGAUUGAGGAGUUAAGAAAGAUUGCAGUGGAAGCUCAAAAGAAGGCCAAAUUAAAGAUCAGUACAAUGGAGCAUGAAUUUUCAAUAAAGCAGCAUGGGUUUGAAGUUCAGUUGCAGGAGAUGGAAGACAGUAAUCGAAAUUCCACCACUGAGCUGAGGCGUCUCUUAAUGACACAACAGAAAGCAGCCAACAGGUGGAGAGAAGAAACCAAGAAACUGACUGAAAGUACAGAGAUUAGAAUCAGCAGUCUAAAAAAUGAGCUGAGUCGACAGAAACUUCAUACCCAAGAGCUGCUUUCCCAGCUGGAAAUAGCAAACGAAAAGAUAGUAGAGAAUGAAAAGUUAAUUCUAGAACAUCAAGAAAAAGCCAACAGACUUCAGAAACGACUAAGUCAGGCUGAAGACAGAGCUGCCUCGGCUUCCCAUCAGCUCAGUGUGAUCACAGUGCAGAGAAGAAAAGCAGCCUCCAUGGUGAAUCUGGAAAAUAUUUAAAAUAUUCAUGAUUGGCUGGCAGCAUGGCCUUGGGAAAGCCGUUGGACUAGAAUGCGUGGCAGUGGUGUGUGCAGGGCGCGGCCAAGGCGCGAGCCUUUCCCCCUGGCCUGCGGGCGUGGGAGACGUGGCAGUUUCCUGUCAUGAAGAGCAUGGCGCUUGGCACGAGCACUCCAGUGGAGAACACAUCCAGCAAGGACUCCCUGCCGUCAGCCCCGUGCCUGGUUUUCAUCUCCGGUGCCCUUGGGAGAACAUUAUCAUUUUUAAUCUAUGCUAAUCAUGAGAAAAAAGUUUUAAGAAACUGUGUGAAUUGGUUAUUCCAGGUUUUAGGAUUUGGAGAUUUCAUAUCCACUUGUCACCCAUAACUCAUUUUCAAUAAGUGCCUGU